UUCUCUCUAGUUCUUUCCAAUUAUUUAUACUCUUCUUCUUCUUUUCUUUCCAGGAAAAACAAGAAUGGUGGUGGCUUUACAUUGCAGAUAGGAAGGAGCAGACAUUAAUAUCUAUGCCAUAUCAUGUGUGUACACUGAAAGAUACAGAGGAGGUAGAGCUGAAGUUUCCUGCACCAGGCAAACCUGGAAAUUAUCAGUAUACUGUGUUUCUGAGAUCAGACUCCUAUAUGGGUUUGGAUCAGAUUAAACCAUUGAAGUUGGAAGUCCAUGAGGCUAAGCCUGUGCCAGAAAAUCACCCACAGUGGGAUACAGCAAUAGAAGGGGAUGAAGACCAGGAGGACAGUGAGGGCUUUGAAGAUAGCUUUGAGGAAGAAGAGGAGGAAGAGGAAGAUGACGACUAAGCAGUACUCUGAACGGACCACAGUGUUUGCACAUAUUUGCAAUUUUUUGCUGUUUUGGAAGUGUAUAAUAAACCAGAGACAGUACAGAACUGAUGUUGAGGGAGGUGUAGUUUUUUUUAACUCUAGAAAUGGGUGCAUAAUAUAAAUAGGCAAUGGUGCCUUGGUACAACCUGAAAAAUGUUAAGGCUUAUUGAAACCUUUCAAGUAUGGGAUGGUGCAUUUAUUUCAUCUGCAAAUGAUAAUAAAUCCUUUGUUAUUAUAACUGUCCAGAAGUGUGGGCUAUGUAUUAUCAGUCUAUGGUCCCAGUAAAAGCAAAGAUGCAGGAAACACAGUCUAUAAAUGAGCGACUUUUCUUUGUUCAGCUUUAGUUUUAGCAAACACCACAAAUAUGUUUUAAGUAACAUUGCUCAAGUUUAUAAUCUCUUGAUAAGCUCUAUUAUUGACAUUUUGCAGUGAUACAAGACUGUAACAGCUCCAUUCAUAGAUUUAAACUUUUAUUUUUACUUAUCUUGGUCAUAAGUCGGCAUUCUCUCACAUUCCACAUGAUAUAGAGGGCUACAUUUUGGAAUUUUUCUUUUCUUAAUUGUCCAGUUAUCGGACAGAUUAUAAAAAUGGCUUUUAAUGGCUUAAAACAUUUCUAAACCUGUAUCUUAGCAGAUCAGUGCAGGAUCUAAUUCUUUUGAUAAGCUGUAGCUCUAAAGUGAUAGUGGGACCGUAUGUUUUCUGAUAUUGGUGGCUUAUGUUAUUAAACCUUUUAUUAAAAAGGUUCACUUUAAAAGCUGAACUACAUCCUUAGUUUUCAGUCUACCUGACUCUAUCAGGAGCUUUUUAAGGAAAGUAAGUAUAACAUGCAAAGGAAGCUUUUUUUGUAUUCAUUUUGGACUCCUGUCAAUAAAAAUAGAAGUUUGUUGACUCGUUUUAUGUUUCAAUGGUGUGUGUCUUUUUACUGUCAGGGCAUAAAUAGGGCAAUCCACUUCUUUAUUUUUCAACUAAAAAUUGAAUAGUAUUGUACAUUACUGCUAAAGUGACUGCUAUUUCUGUAUAGUAUAGGAAAACCCAGGAGUAAGAGGGAUUUCCCCUUGUAGUACAACUGGAAAGAUAGUGCUUGUAAAGAGUAGAGAUGUAUACAUGAUGAAUCACUGAGGGAGGGUGGAUAUUUUUAUUCCUAGAUGUGGAGGAAGCAUAAGUCUGUAGUAUUAUAAAACUGAUUAUAAUAAUCCUUUCCCAUCAAAAUUUCCAUAGGUCAAAAUAUUGUUGGAAUACUACAAUUUGCAACCUUGUUUACUUAAAAGGUUGCCACUUUCAGUGCAGAAUUACCACUGCUAUCUUAUUACUGCAGUAGUUGGAAAUAAAAAUUGAAAAUUACCAAAACCAUGAAUGGUUUUUUUGGUUCUAAAUUUAGGAUGUAAUAUUUUCUAUCAAAUGGUCAAAGCAGUUUUUUUCACUGUAACCUCAAUCACCAGUUUAGUGAGACCCUUUCUUGGCAGGCAGGAGUCAGUGUCACUGAGGAUUUUUUUCAUUUACUUCAUUGAACAAGUAAGAGGGUGGGUUUAAUUUUCAAAUCAGGUUCUGCUGUGAAGCACUAGUGUCUUGAGGCAGCUACUGAUUACUUAAGUGUGGUGGCAGGGGGUGAGCCAGCUGGUGUCAAGUGAAAGGAGGGAUUAGAGAAAACAGGUGUGGCACAAAGGCAAGGAAACAGAGCAGACAAGAUACAACAAUGUGUAGAAUGCAUAUUUCCUAGUUUUCUUGAAAGAUUUCAAGAAAAGUAUGUUUUUUCUAGUGGCUACUUUGCCUUAAAGAGGCUUUGUAAGUUCAUUCACACAGCUGGCUUCUCUCUGGGUUUAAGAUUCUGGAGAGGAGGGUAACCUAGUAACUCACCACAGUGCUUAAAAAACCACCAUCACCAGAAAAUUCCAAUAGUUGGUUUUCCUUUUCUCUGUGUGUGAUGUGUAUGUACUUCUCAACUAAGUAAAAUAAAAUUUCCUCUAGUGAGUACUUUAGGUAACCUCUUUCCAUAUGGCAGUAGUGAAAGAACUGAGCCUUCAGUUGAUAGUUCUUAUCUGUCCAGCAAGUCGCUGAAAUCCACAUCCCUUUGUUUUUCCUCUGGAAUGAGAAUAGCAAACUAUGUAUCCUAGUUUGCAUUUAAUCUGAUGGAAACUUGAGUGAAGUUUCAGUGUUCUUCCUAUAAAAAAACUGACACGUUGUCAACAGUUGAUGAGCCUAUAGAUGAUACAGUGUAUAGGAAGUGAAAUUGAAAGUUACUUAAAUUAUGUGAUAUUUUUCUCUAAUUGGUAAAGUACCUAUUAAAAUACAGCUGUUCAUGAGGAGACUUAGUUACCACAAUUAAAAGUGUAGCAGUUGUGAUUUUUAGCAUUAUAAUAUUUGAUUGAGGCCCUGAGGUGUUAAUAUGUCAGUCUCAGAGUUAGAUGUUCAUGUCCUUUUUGAAUUGUUUAAACAUUUUUCAUGAAAAAUUUUUUUUUUUUUUUAAGUUAGGGAGCACAUUGAGUGAAGUUCUCUGUGUAGAAAAUACCUUCUGCUCUGCUUCUCCCAGCUUGCACUGAGGGCUGGAAAAGGACAGGCCUGUCCAGCUGUACUGUCCCACUGUGUGCGGGGAAGCUUAGGCUCUGGUGGAAGCAGGGGGGCGUAGAUGUCAAACAACUGAUGCUGAAACAGGGAGGGAGAGAUAUAAUAAGGCUCUCUAGGCAUGUUAUUUUUGACCACAAGCUUUGUUCAGUUUGCUUCAGCCAAUCCAAACCAUAUACUAGUGUUCUGUAGUCACAAUUCUUAUUUCAAAUGUAAUUCAGCACCUUACAUAAUGUUGGAGGAGUUGUCAUUCAUCACAUAUUUACUGAGUUUCUAUGUGCCAGGCUCUGUGAUUGGAUACUAGAGCUAUCAAAAAAAAAAAAAAAAAAAAAGUUAAGAACUCACUUGCUGGUGUUAGAUCAGGUAGAUGAGUGGCAAUCCAUUUAAAUCCCUUUGCCUUGGCCAUUGUUUGGAAUGCCCCUUUUUUUUUUGUCUACUGUAGGCAGAAGAAUUAUUUCUUUAGGGGCUGGCUAUUUAAUUUGCUGGCCUUUUAUUUUCUCUCUCUCUUUUUCUUCUUGAGAUGGAGUCUCGCUCUGUCGUCCAGGCUGGAGGAGUGCAGUUGUGCAAUCUCAGCUCACUGCAACCUCCGCCUCCCAGCUUCAAGCGAUUCUUCUGCCUCAGCCUCCUGAGUAGCUGGGACUACAGGUGCAUGCCACCACACCAGCUAAUUUUAUGUUUAGUAGAGACGGGAUUUUGCCAUGUUGUCCAGGCUGGUCUCAAACUCCUGGCCUCAAGUGAUCAGCCCUCCUCAGCCUCCCAAAGUGCUGGGAUUACAUGCAUGAGCCACUGCGCCCAGCCAGUUGGGUGUUUUUGGAAAAAAAAAAAAAAAAAAAGCAAAUCAUGAUCCUUUGCUUUAAAAUGUUUUUUUAAAACAACUUUCCCACAAAUAACCUGAUUUAACUCCAUGAAAUCCCCUAUUUAGACUGCCUUAAAGUGAAAUAACUAUUGGUGAACCAUAACAUGACAUUUUACCAGCUGUGUAGUGACCAGUCCAAAUAUGUCUCAAGAAGUUAGCACCAAGCAUUCUCAUCCAUUUAAACUUGAUGCUAGGGCUAUUUUGCAAAACUUAAAAGAUGUGAUCUUGUACAUAUUUCUGUAACCUGAGCUGAAAACCCAAAUAACAAUCAUUGACAUUCCUUAGGGCUAUUGUUUCAGGUGGGGGUGUAUACAUCCCAGGGGCGUGGAGAUGAUCAAUCCAUUGACGAAGUAUUAAAAUGAUUAUUUGUAUUUAAUCUCAUCCUUUUAAAUUUCUAUUUUUGUGUGUUUUAUAAUGUACAUAAUAUAUUGUACAAUUGUACA